AUGCAGACACCAUUAAAGGAGAUCUCACCAUUUCAGGUUUUGAAGAAUCAGAGUAAUUACAAUAAAAACACAGACAAACCCACUGAAAGCCGAAACUCGGCUCCCGGCGCCAGGCGGGCUCGCUGCGAGCUCCGAUUUCUCCCGCAGCUUCUCCCCGCGCCGAAGCGCGCCCCGGGGGCUGGCAGCGAGCGGGCACUGCCCGGGCCCGCCGCCGCUCCCCGCGGCCAGGGGGAGGGCGGGGGCUUACAUAACCGGGGAGGGGGCGGCUGUCCGAGCCAGGGGAGCGCCAAGGGGCGGCAGGAGAGGGAGCGGAGCCGCAGGGGCACGAGAGGGAACGCGAGCGGCGCCGCCGGCGCGACUGCCGGGAACGCUUCGCGCCCCCGCACGCACAGCCCCUGCGGCGCUCCCGUCCCUGCCCGCACGCCGGCAGCGCAGAGGGCGGCGGGCAGCCCGCGGAGAAUGGGAGAUCCCGUUCCCGGUGCCGGCCCUCACCCCGCCGCCCCCUCACCCCGCUCUCCUCCUCCGCCGCCACCUCCAGACACCGCCAGCCCCGCACCUCAGCAACGCGCCCGCCCAUUGGGCCACGCCCCCCGCAAGAAGCCGCGCACUGAUUGGGCGCCUUCCGCUCCGCCGCUCCUUCCCCCGGCGCCUCAGCCCGAGCCGGCGGCGCUGCUCCUGGUGCGGGCCUGUCCCGCUGGGCCGUGCCGGGAGCGUUGCGGGGGCACCGGCCCGGGGAGGGGAUCGGAGAGCGGCUCCACGGCCCCUGUGUCCGCGCCGGGCCAGCGGGAAGGGCCGGAACGAAAGUUUCGCGGAACCUGCGUGGCUUGCUCGCGCUUUCCGUAG